GUAACGCGCGGUAGCGGCAGGCGUGCCGCUCGCCCGGAGCCUCAGCCGAUGUCCAGUCGCGGCUUUUCGUCGGACCUCUCAGAGCGGCUCAGGUUGUCGCGGACUCCACAUUCCACGGGGACGAGAGCUCCUCCUGUGCGUGUCUCUCUGCGAAGUAAACCCUCGCUCGCUCCCACCGGCUGGCACCCCCGUGUCCGCACGCGCGCGCCCGUCCACACACACCCACACGAUUAUACACACAGGCCUACACGCACGUACGCACUCGUCCACCUUGUAUUGACACCACCCGAGUCCCUUUAAACAGCCGCCAACAUGUCUGACGACGAGGAGCAAUACUCCAGCGAGGAGGAAGUCGAGGAAGUGGGUAGAGCGUCCCAAAAGGAAUCUGGCGAGAAUAUCGAGUUUAUGAAGAGACAAGAACAGAAGAGAAGUGAUCUCGACGAACAGAUCAAAGAGUAUAUAGCGGAAUGGCGGAAGCAGAGAGCCAAGGAGGAGGAAGAAUUGAAGAGAUUAAAGGAGAAACAAGCCAAGCGCAAAGUCACCCGCGCGGACGAGGAGAAGAGAUUGGCGCAAAAGAAGAAGGAGGAGGAGGAACGUCGCCAACGUGAAAUGGAGGAGAAGAGACAACGCGACAUCGAGGAAAAGAGAAGGCGCCUGGAAGAGUCAGAGAAGAAACGACAGGCCAUGAUGCAAUCGCUGAAAGACCAGGCGAGCAAAAAGGGCCCGAACUUCACCAUCACCAAGAAAGAUCUUUCGGGUGGUACUCUCUCAUCGGCGCAACUCGAGCGUAACAAGACAAAGGAGCAGCUCGAGGAAGAGAAGAAAAUCUCUCUGAGCAUUCGCAUUAAACCCCUGGAAAUCGACGGUCUUGCGGUCGAGAAGCUUCGCGUUAAGGCAACCGAGCUGUGGGAGGCCAUAGUCAAACUCGAGACUGAAAAGUACGACUUGGAGGAGCGACAGAAGCGUCAGGAGUACGAUCUUAAAGAGCUGAAGGAACGUCAAAAGCAACAACUGAGGCACAAAGCCCUGAAGAAGGGUCUCGAUCCCGAGGCUCUGACUGGCAAAUAUCCCCCGAAGAUCCAAGUUGCCUCCAAGUACGAGCGUCGCGUCGAUACCAGGUCCUACGACGACAAGAAGAAACUUUUCGAGGGAGGCUACGACACGAUCUUAGCGGAGACCAACGAGAAAAACUGGAAAGAAAAAUCAGAUCGGUUUAUGAAGCGCAACAAAACAAAGCUACCGAAGUGGUUCGGCGAGCGCCCGGGCAAGAAGUCUGGCGACCCCGAAUCACCGGAAGGCGAGGAAGACGUGAAGGCUACGGUUGACGAGGACCUCGAAGAGCCGCAAUUUGAAGAAAGGGAGGAGGAGGUCGAAGAGGAGGAGGAAGAGGAGGAAGAGGAGGAGGAGGAGGAGGAAGAAGAGGAAGAGGAAGAGGAAGAAGAGGAAGAAGAGGAGGAAGAGGAGGAAUAAAUCAUCUGAUUGCUUUCGGCGUGCGUACACGAAUAUGUCAGAAAGCAUACUUCAAGCUCGAAACGAUCAUUGCGCGAUCGUCCGUCGAAUCGUCGAAUGUGCCAGUGAUAGCGACGAUAGCGAAAUACCGUCACGACGGUACCUCUUCAUCCACCGUCACCCCCGGGAGCACCGGAAGCCUCCAUCGCCAUUUUCACUUUACCAUCGUCUUCUCUUCGACACUCAAACGCUGAAGCUCGGAUUGAAUGGAUGACAGACGCUACUUCUG